AUGGCAGAUUAUGACCGGCGACGAAGGGGGGGCGGCAGCGGCGGCGGUGGAGGAGGAGGAGGAGGCCACUUCAACAACCGGAAAAGAAGAUACAGAGAGGAUGACUACGAAGAUCGCCGUCCACAGCGCCGUCGCUACGAGGAGCCGCUCGCACUGACGCUACGCAAACAAGUCUUGUCCAUCGCAGAAAGUCCUGUUCGAAGAGCUGAAGACGAAGUCGCAAUCAUCGCAAAGACUCUGGCAGAGAACUACUUUGAUACCGAUCUCACUUCGGGUUUCUUAGAUCUCGUCGUGCAGCUCCCCAUCGAACAACCGCUCAAGAUUCCCUUCGUUGCGGCCAUUCUGCUUGUCGCAAAUGUCCAGAAACCUGAAUUUACAUCCGAAGUCCUGGUUAAAGUCGGAGAAGCCCUGCAAAAGCAGCUGAGCAUUGGGGCCUGGCGAGAAGUUAAACUAUACCUGCGGCUUCUAGGUUGCCUUCAGGGCAUUUUCGAGGGAGAUGGCAUCUUUCCAUUGCUUGAAGAGCUCUUCUCCCGCGCAGCUGACUUACAAAUGAAGUCGUCCGAAGACUCUUUAGGUCUCGAGCUCGUCAAAGUCAUCUUAAUGACGCUUCCCUACGCCAUGGCAUCCUCAGCAACGGGCUUCGAGACUCAAGCGGUCGCUCUGCUAGAGAAGACGGAUAUCAUUGCUUCAACUGCACAUCCUCUGGAGUCGAUGGUAGAUCCAUUUCCGAGCCGCGAAGUCGGGGCACCUGCUGGUUCAGAAAGCGCACUUGCGCUCCUCCAAAAACACAUGCAAGACGAAGCCAAGAAUUCUUGGGAAUUGGCCUGUCUACCUCGCCCAUGGAAAGGCAAACGCUCGCCAGAAGAGGAGGAUCCAUUGGCUGGGGCACAAAAACAUCAGUUUCCCAGUGUGACAGUCCCGGAGACCGUUAACAACGGCCCUCGACCACUUUUCCCGGAGAUUUACUUCUCUGUCUACGGUGAACAAGAUAUCGAGACGGUCCCUCCUGUGUCUGAUCCCGCUGCGCUACUGAUUCGAGACGCCCUUUCCGAUACGAUCAACGUCCUUGAUUUCAAUCGAGCGGUAGCCGCCAAAUUUCUGAUCGACGUCGAUUGUUACUUUGCUCCAGAUACUUUUGUGAAGAGAGCCACGCCAUUCGACAAAUUGCGGGAGGUCGCUGGGGACAAAGCAACCUGGAAACCUGAGGAUGUUGUGGUAGAUGCGGCAUUUUCUCAACUGCUGCAGUUGCCUGCUCCCGAGCAUAAGUUGGUGUACUAUCACUCGGUGCUGACUGAAGCAUGCAAGCUCGCUCCUGCCGCUGUUGCCCCUAGUUUGGGGCGGGCGAUUCGGUUCUUGUACCGAAACGUGGAUAAAAUGGAUCUGGAACUCUCUCAACGCUUCUUGGAUUGGUUCGCCCAUCAUCUCAGCAAUUUUGGUUUCACGUGGAAAUGGACUGAAUGGGUCGAUGAUGUCAAUCUGCCCGACGUACACCCAAGAAAAGCUUUCAUUAUUGAUGCCUUGGACAAAGAGAUCCGACUGAGCUUUUCGAAGCGCAUCAAGGGUACGUUACCAGAACCCUACCAAGCCCUGAUCUCGGAGGCCAAAGAAAAGGACGUGCCCGAUUUCAAGUACGAUGAUGAAUCAACACCCUUUGCUGCCGAGGGAAAAGAGGUGGCUCAGAUGAUACGACGGAAAGCGACCAGCGAGGAGUUCGGUCCAAUUCUGGAGAAGGUUGAGCAAGAAGCCGCCGCUUCAGGCUUGCCCGACCCUUCCGUUGCAUCGACAGAUGUCUUUGUCACUUCGAUGUGUUGGAUUGGAUCUAAAUCGCUGUCUCAUGCUUUGGCUUGCAUUGAACGGUGCAAGGAACGUCUGUUGGCAAUAAGCGCUUCGAGCCCUGCGUGCAGAAAACAAAUUAUCACCUCCGUGGUGGACUACUGGCGGGAUCAACGUGGCGUUGGAAUUAUACUCGUCGACAAAUUACUCAACUACCAGAUCUUGACCCCUGACAGCGUUGUUGAAUGGGCUCUGAUCGACCAUGUCUCACGCGGCACCCUUCUCGCCACCACCUGGUGCUACGAACUGGUCAGCAACACAGCUCGCAAAGUUUCGGGGCGGGUUCGAAGCAUUGUGGCCGCAAUUCGCUCGCCUGGCCUCUCAGAAGAACAGAGGUCAGAACUCCAGCAAACAUUGACUCGUGAACUCGAAGGCAUGAAGUCGCUUUUCGCCUUGCUCGAGGAUGCCGUUGUAAGCAUCAGGGACGGAAAUCAAGAUGAAAUGAUGGAGAGCUCUGAUGCGUUACGUGCCGAAGAAGAGGAAUUGUUGAAGGCGUGGGGAGGCCGAUGGGCUAGGGUGUUUCAACGGAAGUACGCUGUGGAGGAGAGUUGGGUCAGGGAGGAGUUGGCGAAGCCCGUGCCAGUGGUAGAAGAAAAGCCUGUGGAGGAUGAGGAGAUGAAGGUUGAUGAAAGCAAGGGCGGAACGAACGGCGUUGGAGCGGUGGUAGGGACUGGAGAGAAUGGGGAAGCCGACAUGACCGAUGAGAUUGAAUAG